CGGCUGCUGACGUCAGAAGAUUUGCGACGGCCAUAUUGGACGUGUUUGGAUAAGUAUCUGUUAUUUUUCCCCUUUAGUUUAGAGACUCAUUUGCAACGUCUGUGAUUAUAUGCAAUGUCAACAUUAGUCCAGAGGUCUACUGGCCUAGUCCAGCGACGAAACGUCGCCUCCUCCGGUGCAGAGGGUGGCGGCAGUGAAUCACGGGAUGAUGUAGAAAAAGUGCGAAAAAAUGAGGAGGAGGAAGACGACCACGAUUCAAAAGAAGCGAGACUGACUUUAAUGGAAGAAGUGCUACUACUUGGAUUAAAAGACAGAGAGGGAUACACAUCUUUUUGGAAUGAUUGUAUUUCAUCAGGAUUGAGAGGAUGUAUUCUCAUCGAACUUGCUUUAAGAGGAAGAAUACAGCUUGAACAAACUGGGAUGCGGCGUCGUAGCUUAGGGACUAGAAAAGUUAUAUACAAAAGUGAUACACCUACUGGAGAUGUUUUGUUGGACGAGGCUUUAAAGCACAUCAAAGAAACCAACCCUCCAGAAAAUGUGCAAAGUUGGAUAGAAUACUUAAGUGGUGAGACAUGGAAUCCUUUAAAGCUUAAGUAUCAGCUGAGAAAUGUCCGUGAAAGACUUGCAAAGAAUCUAGUGGAAAAGGGAGUUUGUUCUACAGAGAAACAGAAUUUCCUCCUCUUCGACAUGACCACACACCCCCUUACAGAUUCUGUAAUCAAACAGAAGUUAAUUAAGAGAGUGCAAGAUUCAGUUCUCAGUCGCUGGACCAAUGACCCACAGCGCAUGGACAAGAGAGUUUUGUCACUUAUAUAUCUUGCACACUCUUCAGAUGUCCUGGAGAAUGCAUUUGCACCUUUGUCAGAUGAUGAUUAUGAGGUUGCCAUGAAAAGAGUGCGUGAUUUGUUGGACUUGGAUUUUGAAAAAGAAAGCAUGAAUGAAGGCACAAAUGAACUAAUGUGGGCAGUUAUAUCAGCUUUUACCAAGUGAACUUUUAACAGUCAUACUUGUCAGGGUGCCUGUCUAUUGUGGAGAGACCAAAGGGAUAUAACAUAAGACAAAUAUAUAAUGCUUGGGAUUUUCUUUAGUACGACAAAAGGAGUUCAUGUGGUGUUUGUCAAUACUAUAUGUUUGUUUAUGCCAGUGAGGGGUACACUGAAUAAUGGACUAUUUUAUGUUUUGGUGAGGAUGUCACUGCUGGACAGAAUGAUAGCUACAGAAUUUAUCUUAUCUUUAUAAAUGUGUGGAGGUACCCAGCUAUCUGACAAGUUAUUCUGUACGAUAUGGGAUUUUAUUCUCUGUCAGUCAGACUGACUGACUUUGAUAUAUACAGGCGACAAAUUUCACCUUUGUCAAUUUUAUUUCUUUCAUGGGGAAUAAGUAUUCAUACUACAUUUAGUAUAGCACUAGACCGAAGAUUUGAUAUUUUGUUUUCUGAAGAUGUAAACUUUAAUUCUACGACAAGAUGGUGGUAUUUUUAGCAAUUGUUUAUACAUAUUAUUUCUUUUAUAGUUGAUGUAAACUUGUAAAUGGGUCUCUUUCUUCUACUGAAUUACAUCAUUACUUUUCUAAUGUUUCAAGUUUAACCAGAAUGCAAUUUGUCCUUGUUUAGUAGCUUCAUUAUGAACCAUGUAAGUGUGGCAUUGACAUGUCACCUCAAGUAAUUAAAACAUUCCUCGUUAAAAUGCUCUAAAUUGUUCGCAAAUAAACUUCCCAGUGAAUCUAUUUGAUUUACUGUCUGAAUUGUGUAGAUUAACAACCAAGAGGUGUCCAGGUGAAGUGUGAUUAAAUGUGCCUGUGGUUAAUGUUUUGGAUGCAUUUAAUAUGGAAAGCAAGAACAAAAUUUGAUGCAUGUUUCUUAUUUAGCUGAGUGCAUCUCAGUUUCCACUGUUUUAUCAUUUAUUCAAACUGCAUUUGUUUUAUGCUAAAUUAAAAAGAUUUAUAUGAGCCAGAAUAUCAAGCGAAGAUAAAUGAUGAUUUUGUAGCUACAGUUGGUGCAAUUCUGGACUAGUUUAAAAGAAAAUUCGAUUUGUUAAUAUGCAGAUUCUGUGUGUAGUAAUGUAUGACAGAGGAGAGUCACACAUUACAAUAUAGUGGACAUACAAAGUGAUGUUCUUUUUGUAAAUAGCCAUGGCUUAUACAUAUUGGGGAAAUAAAGAUGGGUUUUACAGGGUA